AUGGCUGAAGUUGUAGCAAAGCUUGAGUUGGCGUUGUCUCUACAAAAAAAGGUGGAUCCUUCUGCUGCAAAAGUUGAUGCAGACUAUGAAUCUGGUGGACAAAUGGUUCAUUUCGAUGGUGGGUUUGAGUUAAGUCUAAUCGAGUUGCUUACUGCAUCUGCCAAGAUUCUAAAUGAAAAACCUUACUGUAGAACAUAUGUAGCAUAUCUUUCAGAUGGUUCUCAAGUUGUUGUUAAACGCAUACUGACUCAAUUAAGCCAAAAUAAUUUUGCUACUGCUGUUUCUGCCCUUGGCAAGAUUCGCCACAUGAACGUAUUGGAUGUUAAGGCCUAUUACUGGGGUAGAGGAGAGACAUUAUGUGUCUUUAAAUUUAUGAUUAAUGGGAGUGUUGCGUCUCUCUUACAAUCUUCCCGGAAUAAGCGUGGAUCUAUAAUUCCAUUUGAGUGGACACAGCGGAUAAAUAUAAUUAUAGGAAUCACAAGAGGCCUCUUCUACCUUCACACCCAAGAGAAAAUAAUUCAUGGAGACCUUAAGUUGAGUAUGAUAUUACUCGAUGAGGAGUAUAAUCCCGUGAUUGCUAAUGUUGGUCUCUCACAGCUUUUGCCAGCCACAAGACAAAGGGUUCGAAAAAAUUGUGCACCCGAGUUCAGUGGAUUAGUGAAUGCCACAACAGAGGUUGACAUAUAUAGCCUUGGAAUUAUAAUGUUACAGCUUUUGUGUAGAGAGUCUGCUAAGAGAAGAAAACGUUCAGUUGAUUUGCCGACCUGGGUGAGGUCAGUACCAAAAGAAAAUUGGUCUGCUAAAGUGUUUGACGUGAAACUCAUUCAGGAAACAUCCUUCAAUGGCAAUUCAUUGAUCAAGAUAAUGGAACUAGCUCUCCACUGUGUUGAGUAUGACCCUAAGGCCAGGCCUACAGCUAGUGAUGUCCUUCGGGCAAUGGAACAGAUUGAGGUGUAGAUGAUGAUCUUGCUAGCCAUGGUGGCAAAAGAUAACUACAAGUAGGCACAUGUGGAUAUUUGUUUCCAAUUGUACUCCUAGGUUAGCAAGAUUGUAUUAUAUUACUGUACCUACCUAAUAUAUGGAAGAAUACCGAUCAUAAAGUUUUUAAUGAAGAAAAUAAUG